GUUUUGUAUGGCUGGCAAUUCAGCAAACUCUGAUUUUGAAUAUGAUCUGUAUAUGGGCAUGUGUUCUGCUCUGCUCCAUACGUGAUCGGCUACUUUACAGUGGUAUAAGCCUUUGAAUUACAGUAUUAUUUUGCAUUCUUUUGAGUAAAAGGUGAGAUGAGGAAAGGAGGGGAAAAAGAAGAUCUCUAAUCCUACCGUUCCCCGUUAGAAUGUGGCCACUGCAUAUCCUGCAGUGUGAAAACCCGCUGCUUCUGCACAGGAUCCGUGUCCGAUCCGGUGGAGCUAUGGAAGAACAUGGUUCCCGCGUUGGUAAUGCACGAUGCCGGUGACGCUCGUCGUGACGGCGGAGUUCUCGGCGUCGCCUGGACAACUUUGGUCUGGUCCGCGUACAUGCUGGUCGACUGGGCGGCCAUCUUUGCGCUGGGGCACCGUACCUCUCCGUGCAGUGGCGAACGGUCCCGGCGGCCAGCACCACCUGAUGGCUGAUGCUGCUCUGAUGUGGGCGCCCUUCCAGCCGCGCUCCCGCUCCUCUCCGCGCCGCACCGCCGGCUGUAGCCUGUUCCUUCGUCUCCGGUGGCCUCGCCACCGCCGCUGGAAGAGACAAAGUAAAGAAGAUUUUUUUUCCUCCUCCAACGGAUCCACGGAUCACUACCCACAACGUACGGCGCACCAGCUCCUCCGCUCCUGCAUUUUGCACGCAAAUCCAUAGUUUGGAUUUUGGAGCAGAAACUCCCACGGUGCCAAGUCAGGUGGGUCGCCACCGGCACCGAGCUGGCCGUGGUCGUGGUCGGAGGCGAGGCACUAGUGGCCGGGGUCAUGGUCAGUGCCAGGUCGAUGGCAUUUUUUCCCGCUCUCGAGAUGCUCGACGAAACGCCGGAGUCGUUGAUGCGCUUUUCAGCAAGCCCCGCUUCUUUGGGUGGCAGGUGCAUGACUUCAGUUCUGCUGCUUCGAUAUAUUUUGUUUUGUUCCUCUGCAGGAAUCGACUGCCUAUUGAUUUUAGAGAAGCAUAUAUUAUAAAAGAAUAGGCACAUAUUUGUGAAAGUUCUAGUCUCAUUUGGAUCUUCAGGUUAAGUAACAACACAACUUUUUUUUUUCUUUUUCUUCUAAAGUAACAACACAGCAGCAUUCAAAUUCAGUACAUGGGGGUGCCAAAUCAAUGUACACUGCCCGUAUUUAACUUUGGGGAAACUGGGGUUUACAUUUUCAUGGAUGGCACGGAGAUGAGAUGCAACUUCAGUGAAGGAAGGCCGUCUCUCAGGUUCAGUUGACCAGCAUUGCUCCAUCAGUUUCCUCCAUUCCGGGUUAUAAGAAGUUGGCACUGGUGGCCAUAGUGCUUUGCUUAAAAUACCCCCUGCAUACCACGCAUCAGCAGUUGCUGUUUUUUUUUUUUGAAGGAACUGGAGGGGCCGAAGCCCCUACAGGGAUUUAUUAAGAGCAAAAAGUCUUACAGGCAAAAAGAAACAGCUAAAAAACAAUGAGUAAACUAGGAUACAAAAAAGGAAAGGAAAAAAUCUGCUUCAAGCAGCUAAAGAUUCCAGAUUUUGUAUCCAUGCUUGAAACUGAUUCUCCUGGCCUUGCUUCAAUCUGUGCUUGAGUAAACCAAGCUCUUUGAAGAAAACUCUGCUACAGUUAUCUUUAUUUCUACCUUGUCCCCUGAAUACAAGAUCAUUCUUUGCAGUCCAAAUCGUCCAGCACAAAAGGAUGAUCGACUCCAUAAAGAAGCAAGAGUUUAGCUGAGUUCUCAUCAUGGCAGUCAAUUCAGGGAAGUGAGAAUCAGCUGUAAUUUGAAUCCCAAUGAUGUCCCAACACAUUCUAGCAAAAGCACAGUCCACAAACAGGUGAUGAGAUGUCUCCUCUAUUAAUUCAUUACAAAGAGCACAAUAAUACGAUUCUAAUUCCAUAUGCUUCCUUCUCAACAUAUUCAUAGUACUCAACCUGUCCUUAAUCAUAAGCCAAAAAAUCACCUUGUGCUUUGGCUGAACUCUGCACUUCCAGAGCCACUUAAAGGCAGAAUGAAUGUCAGAAUGCCCACAGAGUGCCCUAUAGGCCAUUUUAGCAGAAUACUGUUCAGAUCCUCCCCUCUGAAUCCACUUAUCUGGGUUUUCAGUAAGCUCUACUGACUCAAUCAAAGCAUUCACCCUCUGCAGCUGAGUGAAGGCAAUCUGAGAUAUGGGCAAUUGCAGCAGACUAGUAAAAUCAGGGCUAUUUAUAACCUUUUGCAUGGUGUGCUUGCCAUUUUUCACAAAUGUAUACAGCUCAGGGACAGAAGAGCAAAUGGGGUUCUCCUUCCAGGGAUCAGUCCAAAAGAGCACACUGUCACCAUUUCCAACUAUAGGUGCCUCCCCGCACGCGGGCCUUGCCGCGCGGCUCCCCGCUCUCCUCGCCGGCGGCUACGGCUCAGGGUCCGGCAGCAGCGGCGUCCCUCUGCUCGCUGCGCGCGCCUUCGCCGCGGCCUGCGAGGCCGCGCCGAAGUGGGCCCCGCGAUUUGCGCGACACGGUGCCGUCGACGUGUCGUUCUCCUUCACCACCGGCGGAUCCUUGAACGACCGUGCGAGGCGGCGGACUUUGGGCUUCUCUGACCCCUCUGGGUGGUCCUGCAGCAUCGCGGGGCACACGGUUCGGCUGCUGGCGUGCCGGCAGUGGGGCAGUGUGCCCUUCGCGUUUGUGCAGGGGCCAACUGCGGCACGUCUGCGAGGUUUGGCCGCGGGCUUGCUGGCGGCGGGGCUCCGUGUUCGUGGGCGCCUUCCGCCUUCUCCUCGGGAAGGCACAACGCAGUGUGGUCACCGCGACAGCGUCGACCUCGGCAAGCUCGUUGGAUUGCCGGUGCGCGCCUCCCAUCUCACGGGCGAGUCCAGCAAUGGCUCUGUGUGGUGUGGUGGCGACCGGCUCCUCCCCUCGUCAGGACGUUUGCUUGCCGGUGCGCGCCUCCCUCCGUCGCGGGCGAGUCCAGAUGUGGCUCCGCGCGGUGUGGCGGCGACCGGCACGUUUGGGGAUCCUUGUCGGCGCGCGCCUCCCACCGCCGCGGGCGAGUCCGGGAGCGGCUCCGCGCGGUGUGGCGGCGGCCGACACCCCCUCUGUUUAGGCGAGAACGCUUUUGCGUGCCUCCGCUCGUCGCGGGCGAGUCCGGUAUGGCUCCGCGCUGAGCGGAGGCGGUUGACGUUUGUCGGGCGCUCCUACCAUCAUCGCGGGCGAGUCCGAAAGGCUCUGCAUGGUGUGGAGGCGGCCGGCUACCACCUCGGUCGCGGGUGGGUCUUUGGAGGCCUUGGCAACGGCUCUGGGCGAAAGCUCAGCUCAAGUUUUUUGAGCCAACGACGAGAUUCUCCUUCUUGAAGACGUCACUGAAGAGCCUUGCAACUACUUCUCAUCGACAUAUGGCUCAGGAGAAAUCCUUGCCAAGCUUCGGCUUGGAUGACGAUGAUUACGUUACGGCGUCAUUCCCCCCUGGAGGCAUCGUCGAAGAGCUCAUUUGUUCCGAUGUAGUAGUCUCCGCGUCGUCCUACUGCUUCCUUGUUUAUCUGUGGCUCUGCCACUUCUCGCCCUAGCGCUAGGGCGUUCGGUGCGGCGGUUGUUGUUGCUGUUGUUUUUUCCUCUUCAAAACUUUUGUAAACUUCUGUAAAUCUGCCUUUUUGGGCCCUUUUGAAUAUAUUCAGGUGGGAGUAAUCCCCCCGGUGAAAAUUCAAAAAAAAAAAAUAGUUUUGAACUGAGAUAGAAGUUUUAGAAUAUCCCUCCACCAAAAAGACCCCUUCCUAGUGUGACUUGGCAAUUUGCCAUUUGAGUAAUGCUUCUCCCAGAUCAGCUUGACCCAGGGAGUAUCAUGUUUGUUAAAGAACUUAUAUAGAUUUUUCAUCAGCAAAGCUUGGUUCUGUUGCUGUUACUGGAGCAGACAAAAGGUCUGGCACAUGAUUCUGUAUCCUUGGACACCAUCAUUAUCCGUAUGAGAAUGCAUCCAGAAGAAUAUGCAAAGCUUUAUAUUGUCUCAAUCAAUUUCUUGAAUCCUGCAACUUCACUAAGGGUGCUGGUUUUCAACUGUAGGCCUGUUAGUUGAUUGCUAAAAACUAGGACAGAUUUGGCCAGAAUCCAAGCUAUCUUUGGUACCAUUGACAACCCAGACAAAAGUAUUCCCUGGAAGUUCUUUAUGAUACCUUUGAUGAUUUUGGAGAUCAAACUGGUCAAGGCACAAUAUUUCACCUACCUAGGCUUCUCGGUCAAGUGAAAUAUAGAUUGGGGUGAGGGAAAAUUUAUACGAGGGAAUGUUAAUUCAUUAUUCUGGC